AACAAAAAUGGCGGAAAAUGCGCCCUCUGCAAUAGUGGUUGAGAACGAGGAUUCUAAAGGCACAUCUGGCUCUGUAAGAAUUUUAGCCCCACCGAAGUUCACUUUGAGACAAGACAUGAGUGGAAAGGUUACGAACACUUUUCCAGACGAUGAUGGCUCUGUCACUGAAAUUAAAGAUGCAGAUCUCAACUCUAGUGGAUCUGCAGUUAAGAGAAGUGCAGAGAGAGAGGAAAAUGAUGAAGAAUCAGAACCAGAGGAAGCUGCUUGUUCAUCCCCAGUUAAAAAAGUGGCAAAGCUCGACAACACAAGCACACAAGAAACAGAAGAUGUUAAACCUCCAAAGCUUAUCUUUAAGCCAUCAAUCCUUUCUGAUGUGGCAAAGAACUUGACAAGUUCGUCAGCAAAAAUUGAUAGAAAUUCCACAGCAUCACCUGUCCCAAAGACUUUAGGAGUCUCUAGCAGUGAAAAUUCAGUGGCAGAGCUGAACACGGAUGCAUCACAGCGCUCACAUGAAUCUGCUCCCCCAGAGCAGCUUGCAGGAAUCAUUGGAGCAUCAUCCAAAAAUUAUUUUGAACAAUUUCUUUUUGGUUCUAAAGAGUCUUCCACAAAACCUUCUGGUGGGUCCUUUGUAUUUGGACAAAACAUGAGUGAUCGAGUUAUGUUCUCAACUGAUAGUGCCACGGAAGAUGGAGGUUCUCUUGAGAAAUCAGACUCUGAGAAUACAGCCGAUGCAAAUAGUUCCUCUAAGGAUCACAAAACAGGGGAUGAACUAAAAACAUUAGCAGAUGUGGCCCACUCCUAUGCUGAUGCCCCUGGUCCAAGCUCACCUAAUCAAGAUAAACCUCACAAGUCACUCGCAGAGGCUGCUAUGGCUUAUCAGGAACACCUUAGUCCACCAAAGUCACAGCCUGCCAGGGUGUCUGUGGUCACAGGUGAAGAAGAGGAAAGGAAUGUUCUGCAGAGCAACUGUCGCCUGUUUGUGUUUGAUACAAUAACACAUUCUUGGAGGGAGAAAGGGAGAGGGAUACUCAGAUUGAAUGACAUGUGUCAAUCAAUGACAGAAGGAAUUUUCCAGUCAAGGCUUGUGAUGCGCACACAAGGUAGUUUACGUGUUGUCCUCAACACUAAGCUUUGGCCAAGUAUGACUCUUGAAAAAGGAAAUGAGAAGAGUUUACGGAUAACUGCCAUGGACACUGAUAAGGACAUCAAAAUUUACCUCAUAAUGGCUGCACCGAACGACAUCCAGAGGCUAUGGACCGCAAUUGACCGUCGUAUCCAAGCAUUAAAACGUGGUCAAAACACCCAAGCUAAUGAAGAAAGCAGCGUCCAAGGGCCCAGUGCAGAUGACGAGGAGGAGACUAGGACCGAGCCAGAUGACGAGCUUAAAAGCACUGGACACGAAGACGACGAUGAACCUGCCAAAGACCGAUGUGAAGUCGUGGAUAAAAGCAAUAAUGAUUCGUGUCCAACGGGGGAGGGAAGGGGGAAAGAAACAGUCGCUAAUGAUGAUUAAAUAUUUGUACACGUUCGUGGCUGUCUCUUCCGAAAUAUCUGUUCCGUUCUGGAGCCUUCUAGCUUUAAUUCAGGACAUGCAAUUGACCCGUACGCACUGGAAAUGCCACCUUGUGCUUUCAAUGAUCGACAGCGAAACUUUUGUGUUACUAGGUAUUUUGAUGUUUCCCGGAAGUCAAGGAGCUGCUACUAAGUUGUUUUUCUUGUUUCCUCUUGUGACCAAGUGGUGUAGUCACGUAACAAGUUGUGGCGUGACGUUCACGUAACGGCUGUAAAUGAAAAGCCAACAGACACGAGCCAAAGAAUUCCUGUCUGUUGGUUUGUGGUACAUUGAGCUGACAGUUUUCCGCAGUGCUAGUUUCAUGGUAUAAUUUCUGCCAUCAUUAACUGAUUGGCGCGUUUGCCUGGUAGUCAAUAAAAUAGUUUCUUUAUA